GUGUCUCUCAGUGGCCACAAGGGUGCUGAUGAGAACACCAGGAUAUUGAGUCAUCGUGGUCAGCGGGCAGUGAACAUCAUUCCUCCUGCCCCAAACACUCUCUCAGGGGUAGAAAGCCUAGAAACUUCUCUCAGGUCCAUGGCCCAAGCAGCCCAUGGAAUCUCAUAACCUGACCUCUUCCUCUCCCCUCCUUUCUCUCCCUCCCUCCGCUCUCCCUGGCUCCCUCCCCACCUCCCUCCCUCCCACCCUCUCCUCCUCUCCUUGGGCCUUCACCACAGAUUCAGGCGCUGCAGGAGAGGCCUCAGGUUCCUGCUUCCCAGCCUCCUCCCUGACCGUGUCCGCCUUCCUGGCACCGAUCCUGGGUAUAGAGUUUGUCCUGGGGCUGGCAGGGAACAGCUUGGCGCUCUUCAUCUUCUGCUUCCGCACGCGGCCCUGGAUGUCGAACACAGUGCUCCUGGUCAGCCUGGUGGUGGCCGACUUUCUCCUGAUCGUCAACCUGCCCUUUCGUGUGGAUUACUACUUCCUGCAAGAGCGCUGGCGUUUCGGGGCCACCGUCUGCAAACUCAACCUCUUCAUGCUGUCCACCAACCGCUCAGCCAGCGUGGUGUUCCUCACGGCCAUCGCCCUCCACCGCUACCUGAAGGUGGUGCGGCCCCACCAUGCGCUGAGCCGGGCCUCCGUGAGGGCGGUCACCUGGGUGGCCGGGGGGCUCUGGGCCAGCAUCCUGCUCCUCAACGGACACCUGCUCCUGGCCGCCUAUCCCGACGGCUCCUGCCUCAGCUACAAGCUGGGGGUCAAGCCCUCGGCUUUGCUCCGCUGGCACCAGGCCCUGUUCGUGCUGGAGUUCUUCCUACCGCUGGCACUCAUCGUAUUUGCCAUCGUGAGCAUCGGGCUCAAGAUCCAACGUCGUGGCCUUGGGGGGCAGGCGGGCCCGCGGAGAGCUGUGCGCGUGCUGGCUGUGGUGGUGACUGUCUACACAGUCUGCUUCUUGCCCAGUGUUGUCUUCGGCGUGGCUUCCUUAGUGGCCUUCCGCCUGGGUGCCUGCCCCGUCCUUGACCUCUGCACGCAGCUCUUCCAUGGCUCCCUGGCCUUCACCUACCUCAACAGUGCCCUAGACCCUGUGCUCUACUGCUUCUCGAGCCCUAGCUUCCUCCGCCAGGUCCGGGCCCUGCUGGGCCUCACCGAGGGCUGGCAGGGCUCAGCCAGUGACGAGAGUUCCUACCAGCCAUCUGCCCGGCGCCGGGAGGCCACUCGAAAGAUGCAGGCUGUGGAGAAACUGUAGACGGAGGUCUCACUGGAGGGCCCGCUCGAGUAAGAAGGUCCCUCUCGGGACUAGGGGUUCCCCAAGCUGCAAGAGGAAGGACGGCUGGGCUCUGACCUGGAGGGAGAAGGUUGCCAGCAUAGGGUGCCUCAACCAACUGGAUGUCGGCAGGGGCCAGGUGGGUGGCAGGGGAAGGAAAGGGUCUCCACCUUCCAGAGCAGUGUGUCCCAGAUGACAUCCCCAGAGUGCAGGAAAGAACCCGAUGGUGGGUGGAGACAAGACAGGGGCUGUAGCAGCUCCCCUCCAGACAAAGGUCCACAUGGCUGCCCAGUCCAGGGGGAGAGCACAAGUCUUGCUUUGGAGGUUGGACAGCGCACAUUUUUGUCAUCUCCAGCUUGUCCCUUUCAAUGCUAAUAAACUGCCUUUUGAAAAUGCAA